AUGGCAAGCCAGACCCCCGCUGACGCUGCGGCCCCUGUCGAGGCCCCCGCCGCCCAGACCCUUCCUGAUCGCACCCAGAACCCCGCCGAUGCCGAUGCUCCCCAGGGAGAGGUCUCCAAGAACGCCGCAAAGAAGGCUGCUAAGCUGGCCAAGCAGGCCGCUGACAAGGCUGAGAAGGCCGCGAACAAGGGAAUUGGCAAGCAGGAGGCCAAGAAGCCCGCUGCCAAGGCUCCCAAGAAGAAGAUCGAGGGCGCUGCUCUGAUCGGUAUCGAUGUCGCCAAGGAGGAGGAUUUCCCUGGUUGGUACCAGCAGGUCCUGACCAAGGGUGACAUGCUUGACUACUACGAUGUCUCCGGAUGCUUCAUUCUCAAGCCCGCUUCCUACUUCAUCUGGGAGGAAAUCCAGCAGUGGUUCAACACUUACAUCAAGAAGAUGGGCGUCAAGAACUGCUCUUUCCCUCUUUUCGUGUCUGAGGAUGUGCUGCAGAGGGAGAAGGACCACAUCGAGGGCUUUGCUGCUGAGGUCGCUUGGGUGACACACGCUGGUUCCACCCCUCUGGAGAAGAAGAUCGCUAUCCGUCCCACGUCGGAGACUGUCAUGUACCCCUACUACGCCAAGUGGAUCAGAAGUCACCGUGACUUGCCCCUCAAGCUCAACCAGUGGAACUCCGUCGUCCGUUGGGAGUUCAAGCACCCCCAGCCUUUCCUCAGAACCAGAGAAUUCUUGUGGCAGGAGGGUCACACAGCCCACCUGACCAAGGAGGGUGCUCACGAGGAGGUUAUGACAAUCCUCGACCUCUAUGCUCGUAUCUACGAGGAACUUCUGGCCGUUCCUGUUGUCAAGGGUCAGAAGACCGAGAAGGAGAAGUUCGCCGGUGGUCUCUACACCACCACCGUUGAGGGCUACAUCCCCGCCACCGGUCGUGGUAUCCAGGGUGGUACCUCCCACGGUCUGGGCCAGAACUUCAGUAAGAUGUUCGGUAUCACCGUCGAGGACCCCUCCGCGAAGAGCGACGACAAGGAGAAGGCCGCUCCUCUCCACGUCUGGCAGAACUCCUGGGGUCUGUCCACCCGUACCCUCGGUGUCAUGGUCAUGAUCCACAGUGACAACCGCGGUCUCGUCCUCCCUCCUCGUGUCGCCGACACCCAGACCAUCAUUGUCCCCGUCGGUAUCACCGCCAAGACCACCGAUGAGGAGCGUAAGAAGCUCUACGGCGAGGUUGAGCGCCUCGUUUCCACCCUCCGCGACGCCGGCGUCCGCGCCGAGAGCGAUCUGAGAGAAGGUUACUCCCCCGGCUGGAAGUUCAACGAGUGGGAACUCCGCGGUGUCCCUCUCCGUCUUGAGUUCGGUCCUGGCGAGCUUGCUGGCGGCUUCGUCACUGCUGCUCGUCGUGACGUCCCCGGAAAGGACGGCAAGGCUCCCAUCCAGAUCUCCGAGCUGUCCACCGCCGUGCCCGCUCUCUUGGAAACCAUCCAGAAGGACCUGUACAACCGUGCCGACGCCGAGUACCGCUCCCACCGCAAGAUCAUCACCAACUGGGAUGACUUCACCCCCGCCCUGAACGACAAGAACGUCUGCCUGAUCCCCCACUGCUUGACCGAGGAGUGUGAGGACCAGAUCAAGGACCUGAGUGCCCGCAAGCACGAGGAGGACUCUGGCGUUCCCCAAGAUGCCCGCGCUCCUAGCAUGGGUGCCAAGUCUCUCUGCAUUCCCUUUGACCAGCCCGAGGGCAUCGUCCCCGGCGAGACCAAGUGUACCAACCCCCACUGCACCCGCUUCGCCGAGAAGUGGUGCAUGUUCGGACGCUCGUACUAAACGCAAUCUACUACUACUACUACCGUGUUGGAUUCGGAUGUUUCAAUCUAUUUUUUUUUUCCCUAAAAAUUUUCUAUCAUCCAGUUUCCUUCCUUCCUAUGACUGUUAUGACUUUUCCAUUCCUGCCAAUACAGUUUCACGUUGAGUUCGACAUAGGGGACCCUAAAAAGAAAUCCACGAGCGUCUUCAG